UCAAAAGGAACGAGGAAUACGGACGAACACAAAGGAACGAGAUAGAUAUGAACGUUCGACGGUGGCGAGAAAUCACGAAGAGUCGCAGGUGGUGAAGGAAUCUGGCGAUUGCGGAUCGAUUGCUGGCGAAGGGAGCGUCUCCGGGGUCGACGAGGCCGAAGAAAGAAGAUGGGAAGAAGUAGCAAGGCUACUCGUGCUCUCAUUGUUGCUUCAGUCCCGGUAGCGGGUGCGAAGGGAAAAUGCGAGGACGAGGUACGAGGGGCGAGGCCAGAAGAGGGGGUCCGGUGGGAGGAAACUAACAGCAGUAGCAGCUCGAGUGGGGGCGUUUGGCAGCGGAGCUCGUCGGGAAGGAAGGGAAGAUGCGACGGGUGCUGCUGCGGCAGUCACACUGUUGAUUCCGGAGAAAGAAGUAAGAAAUCAGUGGCUGUUUGGCUUUGUUGUGUUCAUUGCGAGGAAGAGGGGAUGGAAACGAGGCUGAUGCCUCUUGGCUUGCAUAGGGAAAGAAAAGGAAGAGGGAGAGGAGCUGAAGAAGGCGACGAAUUCAGGAGGGUUUGUGGGUUUGAUGUUUCAUUUGAAAAAGGAAACACAUUUCCUUUGUGUGUAACUUUGGGUAACUUGAAGUGGGAAAGUAGCACUUCAAUUUGGUUGUCAAUUAAAUUAAAUGAUUGAUGUAUUUUGUAUGAAACUUGCAGCAAUUUAUUAGUUUAAUCAUUCAUGUAUUUGUGUAA